GUAAAUAAGGUGUGGUUGUAUUGUAUGUUAAAGGGCUACUGAAACCCACUACUACCGACCACGCAGUCUGAUAGUUUAUAUAUCAAUGAUGAAAUCUUAACAUUGCAACACAUGCCAAUACGGCCGGGUUAACUUAUAAAGUGACAUUUAAAAUUUCCCGGGAAAUAUCCGGCUGAAACGUCGCAGUAUGAUGACGUAUGCGCGUGACGAAGGCUGUUGAACGCGUCAUCUUGGAAUAGGUCCCUCCCAAUUUAAACAGCUCUGUUUUAAUCGCUAAUUUCCACAGUAUUCAGGACAUCUGUGUUGGUGAAUCUUUUGGAAAUUUGUUCAAUUAACAAUGGAGACUGCAAAAAAGAGAGUUGUAGGGAAGCGGUGUGUUGCUGCUGGAUGUAGCAACACAAACCAAAACACAAACGGUGUUUCAUUGUUUCUUUUCCCAAAAGAUGGCGGCCAAGCUUUACUAUGGAACAAAGAAGUCAAGCGAACACGGUUGGAUUGGACGACACAUACAAAGUACAGUGUAUUAUGCAGCGAACAUUUCGAAAGAUCAUGUUUCGAAGAGGGUCCCUUGCGAAUGGCAGAAAUGGGAAUCAGCACUCGUCGACUCGUGCUGAAGAAAGGUGCGAAGCCAACUAUUUUCGAUAGACCACGGACAAGUCCGGAGCACCCGACCCCCUCCACAAGCGGACAGACUGUGCACAUGAGGUCUGCAUUUGCCAAAAGGGAAAGGAAGAGGACAAUAGAUCAGAUCAUGGACAGUACGACUACGGCAUCAGUGGCGGAUGCGGUGGAUGAACCAAUGGCAAUGGCACUAGAUUUGCCUGAUGAGGAGGGCGAUCAAGAUCAGGGAAAUACAAGAGAACAAGGAUGCCAGACGGACUGGGUACCGAUUGGGACAGCACCAACAGCAAUGACCAGUAGCAAGAGCACCCAAACAGGGAAAAUACAUCAUAGAUCAAAGGGACACCAGGUGACCCCAGAUAUCCUCGAGAGGGUUAGAGCUCGGCCGGCCAGGGUUAGUGAAGUCCCAUUGUCAAGUGUAGCAGCUCCAUCUGACAGCCCCGAGAUGCAGACUAACAUAGCAGCUCCAGUGGUUCUUCCGAUGACAGCUAUGUGCCGAGUGAGUCAACGACAUCGGAUCCGUGUCAAUCUGACGGGUCGCCAGAUCGCCCAUGUACUCACCAGAUGCGUGAAGAGGGCUGCCACAAGGUACAUCAUCUUUGAGUCGUGCCUCCAGAGUCGUGCCUCCAGAGUCUCGUCAAGUGGUGUCACUGUCCAGUCUGUGGCAGCCAGGACAUAAGCCCUUCUUGGGAUUCGAACGGUACACAGCUGACCAUGACUCUUCAAUGUGCAUCAUGUGACCAGAGGAGUAGUUGGAGCAGCCAGCCAAACAUUGGCCCUUAUGCCGCGGGCAACAUCCUGCUGUCUGCUGGCAUCCUCUUCGCUGGGGCAUCUUCUGGCAAGGUGUUGCAAGUGCUGAACAGCAUCGGAGUGGUCACGCAUGUGAAGAGGACAUUUUUCAACCACCAGGAGCUCAUCCUGCAGCCAGCCAUCAAAAAGGUGUGGGAGGAACAGCAACGGACGCACCUCACCAUGCUGCAGGUGGAAGGCCAACCCCUCGUCCUUGGUGGUGAUGGGCGAGCAGACAGUCCGGGACACAGCGCCAAGUUCGGUACCUACACCACAAUGGAGCUUGUGGCCAAUGUGGUUCUCGACCUUCAGGUUGUACAGAGCAACGAAUGUCUUGGCAGCUACCAUAUGGAGAUGGAAGGACUGAAGAGGAUGGUGGAACUGCUGAUCAGCUGGGACCUGGAUGUCGGGGUGCUGGUGACAGACCGACACAGACAGAUCGCUAAAUGGAUUUGUGAAAACAUGCCCAAUACACGGCACUGCUAUGACAUCUGGCAUGUUGCAAAAUCCAUCGGAAAGAAACUGAAGGCCAUCGUCAAGCAUAAGGACUGUGAAGACCUGAAGCCCUGGGUGCAAAGUAUAAUCAACCACCUCUACUGGGCAGCAGUGUCUACACCGCCUGGAGAGGGGGAACUUCUGGUUGCCAAGUGGAAGUCUGUGGAGCGACACAUUCAGAACAUCCACAAGGACCAUGGCGACCUCUUCCCAAUUUGUACUCAUGGACAACUGCAACAGCAAAAGAAAUGGCUCAAACAAAGUUCACGCUCAGCAGUGAAACUGGAGGAGGUGGUCAACAACAAGUCCCUGCUAAAAGAUAUCGCCAUGCUGUCGGGUGAACACCAGACUUCCAAGGUGGAGGCGUUCCAUAGCCUUAUCAUACAGUUCGCACCGAAAAUGUAUGUCUUCUCAUACAUCGGAAUGCUGUGCAGGAACCUGCUUGCUGGGCUGCACUGGAACGAAAAUUCGAGCCGCCCUAUAGCCACUACACAAGCGGGUGCUGAGCGCUAUGCAGUACGCUACCCGAAGUAUAAAGCAGGGGGCCAUGUGGUCAAGAAAAUCGCGACAGAGCCAACAUACCGCUACGUAGAUGACUUGAUCAGGGAGGUUGUUGCUGGCUGCAGACAGACCCCUGACGAGAGAACACCACUCAGCGUCACUGUGGAUGUGCCUCCCUUCCUCUGCGAUGAACUGGAGAAGCCAGACAAGGAGGAAGCCAUCGCCAAGCACAGGAGUCGCUUCGGUAAGUGUGAAAUGCCCUCCCGGUAACAGUUAGAGAUGCUACCUCAGUAGAAGCAUUUAAGUCCCAUCUUAAAACUCAUUUGUAUACUCUAGCCUUUAAAUAGACCCCCUUUUUAGACCAGUUGAUCUGCCGUUUCUUUUCUUUUCUCCUCUACCCCCCCCCCCCCCCCCCCCCCCCACGUGGAGGGGUUAUUCCGGUGACCAUGGAUGAAGUGCUGGCUGUCCAGAGUUGGGACCCGGGGUAUACCGCUCGCCUGUGCAUCGGUUGGGGACAUCUGCGCUGCUGACCCGUCUCCGCUCGGGGUGGCCUCCUGCUGGCCCCACUAUGGACUGGACCCUCACUAAUAUGUUAGACCCACUCGACAUCCAUUGCUUUCGGUCUCCCCUAGAGGGGGGGGGUUACCCACAUAUGCGGUCCUCUCCAAGGUUUCUCAUAGUCAUUCACAUCGACGUCCUACUGGGGUGAGUUUUCCUUGCCCGUGUGUGGGCUCUGUACCGAGGAUGUCGUUGUGGCUUGUGCGGCCCUUUGAGACAUUUGUGAUUUAGUGCUAUAUAAAUAAACAUUGAAUGAUUGACUGAUUGAUUGAUUGAUUGAUUUUAUUGAUUAAGUACAGUGGCCAUGUAGAUUCUGUUGCAGUCACUGCACGUCUUGGAACCCCGUGUAGUCCAUCGAUGGGAAUGUUGUCCUAAUCUUAUGUACUACACAAGCUGGUAGUACCACUCUUAUGUCCUUUCCCAGAUAUCCCCAGCAGAAGCGGACAAACUGUCGAUAGGCUGUGUGUCGUCUCCGCCUGCAAGUAGCAAAUGAUGGCAGCUGUUAUUAUCCGGAC